AUGGCGCUCCCGAACAACUUCGCCGAGGGUUUGAUGUCCUUCAAGCAGGGCAUCAAGGACAUGAAGCGAAUAUUCAACCCCACCGGCCCCGGCCUACCGGAGGCUGACGCCGCGAUGGUCGCCGACGCCGAGAGGCUCUACGCGGAAGCGACGGCGAGCACGUCGGACUCCAGCGAAGAGACCAAGCGCGCGCACGACGAGGCGCGAUUCCGCCUCGCCUGGGCGUUGGCGCACUCCAAGAAGCCCGGGCACGCGGCGCGGGCGGUGGACCUCCUGCUUCCGGGCGCGCACCAGUGGUGCGAGAGCGUUCUCCCGCGCGACAGACGAUACAUCGCGGCGGUCGCACACUUCAACGACGGCGACUAUCUCGCCGCGCGCAACGCGUGCGAGGAGUCCCUCUCGCACGAUCCCGAGUGCAGGCAGGCGACGUCGCUCCUGGCAGCCAUCGAAGAUCGCAUCGCCGCGGACGGAGUGAUCGGCAUAGGGGCGCUGGGCGUGGGCGCCGCGGUGCUGGGCGGAGUAGUGGCCACGCUGGCAUCGUCCAGGCGCUGA